AUGCGCUGUCUGCUAUCCAAUGGCGUCCUUCUCUUCAUCUCAUUGUUCGACCGUGUAAGAGGCGCAGGCGGCCCUCGAAUUCAUGACCUGACCUUUACCCCCAAUCGAGUACUCAGAGUCACAAGAAGAGAAAUUGGCAUCGGAGGCAUCAGAAGAUAUACAACCCUCAUCAAUGACACCAUACCAGGUCCGGAGCUCCAUAUCCCCGAAGACCAAGUUGUCUGGAUCAGAGUGUACAAUGACAUGACAGACGCCAACCUAACCAUGCACUGGCAUGGCCUCGCCCAAGCAGCCGCGCCCUUCUCCGACGGCGCCCCCAUGGGCAGCCAGUGGCCGAUCCCGCCCAUGCAUUACUUUGACUACGAGCUCAAGACGCCCCUAGGAACGGCCGGCACAUACUUUUACCACUCGCACAUCGAUUUCCAGACGAGCACCGCAAACGGCCCGCUGAUUGUCGACGACUCGGGCCCGGCGCCGUACCCCGUCGACGGCGACUGUGUCAUCCACAUCCAGGAGCUGUUCGAGAAGUCAGACAAGGACAUCUCCGACGGCCUGCGCGCGGCGCCAUUCGUCUGGUCCGGCGAAACGGGCGGCUUCCUCAUAAAUGGCGAUACGAUAUCGAACUACCCCGUCGUCGAUCCCGCCUCGGCGAGGCUGUCCGUCAUCGAAGUCGACCCGGGCAAGACAUAUCGCUUCCGCUACGUCGGCGCCACGGGCCUGUCGUACGCGGCACUGGCGUUUGAAAACCACACGAACCUCGAAAUCAUCGAGGCUGAUGGCGAGUACACCAAGCCGUACUCGACGCCGCUGCUGCAGAUCGGGUCGGGCCAGCGCUUCAGCUCUCUUUUCAAGACCAAGACGUGCGCUGAGCUGGCAUUGUUCAAAAAGCUCGACUUUUACUUGCAGAUAGAGUCCCGCGAUAGGCCGAGGAUAAUUGCUAGCUACGCUGUGCUGCGGUAUUCGAAUACCUGCAGUGCGCUGCAGCAUCGCCACUUAUACGGUCGUCAGGUCCCGACGACGACUCUGCCCAGCGAGAGGCCCAUUGAUCUGCCUCCAACGAUCGAGGGCUUCCUCGAUUACAAGCUGGAGCCGCUGGUUCCAAACGACGUUCCUUCGUCUGACGAGGUGAGUCGCCGCAUCUUUGUUUAUUCUCAGCAGCAGAUAGACAAAUACGUCUUCUGGACCGAUAACGGCGUGUCCUGGGCCGACGACAACGUCGGCAGGGAGACCUACACCAUCAGCCCGUCCGAGCCCUACCUAGUAUCCCUAUACAAGAACACGUCCAAGUACUUGCCCGACUACGACGCCUCGAUGGCCAACUAUGGCCUCGACCCAGAAACAAAUACGUAUCCAGCCAAGCUCGGUGAAGUCAUCGAGAUCAUCUUCCAGCAAGUCGGUGCCCGCUCCGAUGACAGCAGGUUUGGAGGCGGCCUCGACACGCAUCCCUGGCACGCCCACGGCGACCACUUCUAUGACAUUGGCGGAGGGCCCGGAGUGUACGAUCCCGAGGUGGCCCAGCAAAGACUUGAGGGUACGCACCCGGUCCGGCGAGACACGACGAUGCUGUUCCGGUACACGACGAAUAAUCCAGGUGUGUGGAUGAUGCAUUGCCAUACACUGCAGCAUAUGAUUAUGGGCAUGCAGACAGUCUGGGUGUUUGGCGAUGCGGAUGAUAUUCUCAAAGUCAAGCAUCCAUAUGUGGAGGGAUACUUGGAGUACGGCGGGAGUGUGAAUGGGAAUGCCACGCACCCUGCUGUAGCCGUACAUUACUUCGAGACGGAUGAUGAAGACUGA